AUGAAUGAUAAUAAUAAUAUCGCUUUGUUUAUGGGGUUGUUAUUAGAAGAAAACCAUAACAGGAACUUUAUGAGAAUUGAAAGGAGAAGGUUGCGUGAUCAAAAGAAUCCUUUCGAAAUGCCGGAUGCUCAGUUUAUAAAAAUGUUUAGACUGAAGAAGCAGUGCACCAUAAACUUAAUAAAUGCUUUACAGCAAUUUUUACCCACAAAAAAUGCAAAUGCUAUUGCAUUACCCAAAAAAGUGUUGAUUACUCUCAACUUUUUGGCCACAGGGUCUUUCCAGAAUUCUGUAGGUUCCAAUACCUGGUUAUCAGCAAGUCAACCUUCAGUAAGUAGAGCGGUAAAUGAAAUUUGUUCUACAAUUGCUGAGUAUUUAUUACCCACUUGGGUUCAGUUUCCUACUACCGAGGAGUCAAUUAGACUGGUCAAACAGGGAUUCUUCUUAAAAUAUUGGUUCAGAGGUGUUUUAGGAGCAGUUGAUGGAACUCAUGUGGAAAUUCUUGCACCUCCUGAAAAUGACAUUAAUCACCCCCCAUACGUUUAUAUUAACCGGAAAGGAAAACAUUCCAUCAAUGUUAUGCUGAUUUCAGAUGUUGAUUGCAGAAUAUUAGCCGUUAAUGCCCGUUUUCCUGUCAUACAAAUAUGCUUUUAA